UACCAUAGCCGUGACGUGAUCUUCCAAAGUAGUGUCUCAUACAAUAUGUUGAAGGUAGCUUUUAUUGUCUGGGGUGUAGGAUUAGCCCUCGCCGUACAGGUGGACUUCCGACCAUACGACCACUCUGCCGAACUACUUUUCAAUGGAUCCGACUUCAACCAUGAUCACGUCUUUUCACGUGAUGAACUAGAGCAAGAGUUUCAAAAGUAUGACGCAAACGGGGAUGGCCGUGUUUCCCGCCAUGAGUAUACAACAUACGUAACAACCACUACCCCAGAACUCCAUGACUUUGCACAUGCACUCUACGAUGAUUAUGAUGUUUCCGGGGACCACCAUCUUGAUCAUCAUGAUUAUGACAUGUAUUACGCCAAACUCGAUGCUGACGGUGAUGGUCAAGUUACACGUACAGAAUUCGUGGAUUACUGGGUUAAACUGUUCAUAGCCACGGAGCACCUUCACGGACACGGUCAUAGUGGUCAUGGAAAAUAAGCACAUUUGAAAGAUUAAAAUAAAAAAAUGUAUACAUUU